GCCUUCUCCCGGUGCCGCCGGUCGGGCCCUGUCGCUGUCUCCGGCCUUGCAGUGUCUCCUUCCCGUGCAGUCCUCCCGUAGCUGCCGACUGCCUGCCCGGCGGGCGGCCACCCGCCCCUCCGUCCCCCGCCGCGACUCGGGGCCGGGCCGAGGCCCCAGCGCUGCGGGGUCGCCAUGCCGGCGGCGGCCGCCGCCCCCCUGAUCAGCUCAGUGCAGAAGCUGGUGCUGUACGAGACCAGGGCUCGGUAUUUUCUCGUUGGAAGUAAUCCUGCAGAAACCAAGUACCGUGUUUUGAAAAUAGAUCGCACUGAACCAAAGGAUUUAGUUAUAAUUGAUGAUAAGCAUGUAUAUACACAACAAGAGGUGAGGGAACUUCUUGGCCGCUUAGAUUUGGGGAACAGAACAAAGAUUGGGCAAAAGGGCUCUUCUGGGUUAUCCCGAGCUGUCUCCGCUUUUGGUAUAGUAGGUUUCAUCCGGUUUUUAGAAGGCUACUAUAUUGUGUUGAUCACAAAAAGAAGAAAAAUGGCAGAUAUUGGAGGUCAUGCAAUAUACAAAAUAGAAGAUACAAACAUGAUAUACAUUCCAAAUGAUUCUGUAAGAGUCACUCAUCCUGAUGAAGCCAGGUAUCUGAGAAUCUUUCAAAAUGUGGACCUUUCUAGCAACUUCUAUUUUAGUUACAGCUAUGAUCUUUCUCACUCUCUUCAAUACAAUCUUACUGUCUUGAGAAUGCCACUUGAGAUACUAAAAACUGAAACAACUCAGACCCGACAAGAAAGUUUUGAUAUAUUUGAAGAUGAAGGACUUUCAACACAGGGUGGAAGUGGUGUUUUUGGAAUUUGCAGUAAACCUUAUGAAAAGUAUGUGUGGAAUGGGAAGCUUCUGGAGGCAGUAAAAAAUACCGUUCAUCAUGAUUGGCUGCUGUAUAUCAUUCAUGGAUUCUGUGGACAAUCAAAACUGUUAAUUUACGGUCGCCCUAUAUACGUCACUCUGAUAGCCAGAAGAUCAAGCAAAUUUGCUGGAACACGUUUUCUGAAACGAGGAUCCAACAGUGAGGGAGAUGUUGCUAAUGAAGUAGAAACUGAACAAAUACUUUAUGAUGCUUCAGUUAUGUCAUUUUCUGCGGGGAGUUAUUCUUCCUAUGUUCAGGUUCGAGGUUCUGUCCCUCUGUACUGGUCUCAAGAUAUUUCAACUAUGAUGCCUAAGCCACCCAUAACACUGGACCAAGCAGAUCCUUUUGCACAUAUUGCUGCUCUUCACUUUGACCAAAUGCUUCAGAGAUUUGGCUCUCCCAUUAUUAUUUUGAAUCUUGUAAAGGAACGUGAAAAAAGAAAGCAUGAAAGGAUUCUUAGCGAAGAACUUGUUGCUGCUGUGACUUAUCUGAACCAAUUUUUGCCCCCAGAGCACGCAAUUAUAUAUAUUCCAUGGGAUAUGGCCAAAUACACAAAAAGCAAACUUUGCAAUGUCCUUGAUAGACUGAAUGUGAUUGCAGAAAGUGUAGUAAAGAAAACUGGAUUUUUUGUAAAUCGACCUGAUUCCUACUGCAAUGUCUUGCGGCCAGAUGAAAAAUGGAAUGAACUGGGAGGCUGUGUUGUUUCCACUGGUCGCUUGCAGACUGGAGUUCUCCGAACCAAUUGUGUGGACUGUUUAGAUCGUACUAACACGGCCCAGUUUAUGGUGGGAAAAUGUGCUUUGGCAUACCAACUCUAUUCGCUGGGACUGAUUGAUAAGCCCAACUUACAGUUUGAUACAGAUGCUGUUCGAUUGUUUGAAGAAUUAUACGAAGAUCAUGGAGAUACGCUUUCUCUGCAAUAUGGAGGUUCUCAGCUUGUCCACAGGGUAAAAACCUAUAGGAAGAUAGCGCCAUGGACUCAGCAUUCCAAAGACAUUAUGCAAACGCUCUCAAGAUAUUACAGUAAUGCCUUCUCAGAUGCAGACAGGCAAGAAUCUAUCAAUCUGUUCCUUGGAGUGUUCAAGCCUGUGGAAGGAAAGCCUCAUCUCUGGGAACUUCCUACUGAUUUUUAUUUGCAUCACAAGAACACCCUCAGUCUGUCACAGACCAGGCGAAGCUAUACUUACUGGUGGACAACAGGAGUGCUAAAGCAUUUACCUCUUCCUUUUGAUGAAGUGACAUGUGCUGAAAACAGACGCAAACUAACAGUGAAGAAAUUCCACAAGUAUGAAGAGGAAAUUGAUAUCCAUAAUGAGUUUUUUCGGCCAUACGAGUUGAGCAGCUUUGAUGAGACCUUCUGCUUAGCAAUGACCAAUUCUACACGGGAUUUUAUGCCUAAGAAUGUGGGGAUUGAUCCAAGUCCAUUUACUGUUCGUAAACCUGAUGAAACUGGAAAAUCAGUGCUGGGGAACAAAAGUAAUCGAGAAGAAACUGUACUGCAGCGCAAAACCGCUGCUAGUGCUCCUCCACCCCCAAGUGAGGAGGCAGUGUCAAGUAGUUCUGAAGAUGAUUCUGGGACAGACAAAGAAGAUGAAGGUGCUGUUUCUCAACGUUCUACUCCAGUAAAGGUGACUGAUGCAGGAGAUAACACCAAGAUCACUGAGAAUGUAGUUCAGUCCACUAAAGACGUAUAUGGAGUUAAUCUUUCAGAUGUUCCUUCUGAAGAUGAUAUCACAAUAUAUGCUAGGUUUGUUCAGCUGGGACAGAGUCAACACAAGCAAGAUAAGAGCAGCCAGCAAUUUUGUUCCAAACAUCAGUUGGAUAGGGUAAUAAAUUUAAUACCAAUCUCUUCCUUUUCUCAAGAUAAUAUUUAUGAAGUCCAGCCUCCAAGAGCUGAUAGGAAAUCAAUAGAGAUUUUUCAUGCACACAUUCAGGCUGGAAAAGGAAACAUGCAGCCCUUGGGAAAAGAUGACUUCCUCAUGUACAGAGAGUACAUUCGAAACAGAUACCUCUAAAUACAAGCUGGAUUCUCACGUUGAGUCUACAGUAGUGAUUGCUCAUGAAAAUAAUUUUAGAAAGGAGUUCUAGUUUUGUUAUUUUGUAAUAAUAAAGUUAUUUUCUUAAAUUUAUUAUCUUACAAUUCUAUUUACUUGUUUGCUGUUACACAUUUGUAGUAUCAUGCUUUAUAUGGAACAAAAGUGAUUUAAUACUUGUUCUUCAGCUGAAAGAGAAACAUGUAUAUUAAGAGAUGAAGUGAAUAAUCAGAGUACUUGCAGUAGCUGGAAAGUAUGUAGUGAUUUAUGGCAAAGAAAUAUUGCUUCUUUAGGGUUUUGUGUUAAUUUCUUACAUUUUUAUGUUUGCUAGUGAAGUUGAAGUGAUUUGUACAUAUGAAUCAGAAGAGAAUAUUUUUCUUCCUCUCUUCCAUUACAGGAGACAACCCAACCAAGUGUUUUCUAAUAUUUCUUGAGAUUUUCAGCAAAAUGGGUGCUUGUACUUUGCUGCUUUCUUAAACACAAGAAAAAGCUGUGUCAAAAUAAAAAUUUGCGUGUAGACCGA